AUGAAUAACAAGGAGAGCUAUAAUGAUGAUUUAUUUCAAUACAUAAAAGUAAGUGAGGACGAAGAUGAAUCUAAUGCAGUGGAAAUUCCUUGUGAAUUAAAUGGAACACUUUUACUAUCAACAUUAGUUGCACAGUUUCCUGGGGCGUGUGGACUUAAAUUUCGGAAUCCUGAAAACAAAUGUGUUCGAGGUUUACGGCUCAGCGAUGGCAAGCUGCACCCUCCCACAGAAGCUGGAUGGGGUAAGCACCUUUAUACCUGUGUUUUUCCUAAAGAAAAUAAACGGAAAAUGGAAGAUGUGUCUCCAGAAAAUUCUGCGGCUAAGACUAAGCGACUAGAAAAAAAACUCAUAUGUUCUGACUUAAUAUGUUUGGGAUUGCCUUGGAAGUCUACUGAAGAGUCUAUAAAGCAAUACUUUGAGCAAUUUGGUGAAGUUGUAAUGGUGCAAUUAAAAAAAGAUAAGAAUGGAUCAUUUAAAGGCUUUGGUUUUAUUCGUUUUGCUACUUAUGCAUCUCAAAUGAGAGCACUAGCUCAAAGACAUAAUAUUGAUGGUCGAUGGGUAGAUGUGCGUAUUCCUAAUUCUAAAGAAGGCGUUGUGCCACAAAUGCCCUGUAAAGUAUUUGUAGGCAGGUGCACUGAAGACAUGACAGCAGAUGAUCUCAGAGAAUAUUUUUCCAAAUUCGGAGAGGUCACAGAUGUUUUUGUUCCAAGACCUUUUAGAGCUUUUGGAUUUGUAACUUUCUUAGAUCCAGAAGUAGCGCAGAGUCUUUGUGGGGAGGAUCAUGUAAUUAAAGGAGCUUCUGUGUCAGUUUCUAGUGCAGCACCAAAAAUUAAAAACAAAAACAAUCCAACAUGGAAAGAGGAACAAUAUGGAUCCAAUAGUUGGGAUGGAAAUCAUUCAGGCCCCUCUGGUGGCUCAACCAACAAUGGAGGAAGCAGUAACAUUGAUUCUUUAAACAUGCAAAACUUGGGUAUAAAUCCCAACGGAGGUGGACCCCCACCCAAUUUUAAUUUACCAAUAAGCCUUGUAGCUGCUGCCUUAAAUCAGGCCGGUUGGAGUGGGUUUCUGGGUCCUAACAAUUCUGGGCCAAAUAAUUGGGGCCAAAAUGGUCCGCCCCAGAACAGCAAUUCAGGUAAAAACUGGAAUAAUAAUCCUAAUUGGAACCAAAAUGGACCACCACCAUCAUGGAAUCAAGGCAACCCUAAUUGGAAUGGUAAUAAAAAUGGCAAUUGGAACCAAGGCAAUUGGUCAAAUGGGCAAGGUUGGGGUGGUAACGGUGGCUCUGGGCCAGCAGGCUCUAAUAGUGGAUGGAACAACAAACCUCAAACAUAA